AUGAGGUUCGGGUACAGAAGGACGGCUUCGGCCGCGGCCGCGCUGCUGUCGCUGGCCACGGUCGUUGCGGGACAGAAGGUCUGCAAGCCCAAGGUCGACUCGGCCAAGCUGCAGGCGGAUAUCACGGAGGAAAAUUUGAUGAAGAACCUGCAGGUUCUCAAUGACAUCGCCUACGCCAACGGCGGCAACCGCGCCUUUGGCCUGCCCGGCAACCAGGCCACCAUCGACUACAUCUUCGACCGUGUCUCUAACGUGCCCGGCACCAAGGCCUGGAAGCAGGAGUUGGGGGCGCUCUUCAACUACGUCGCCUCGAUCAAGCUCACCAUCGCCGGCGCCGACACGUACGUGUAUGGCCUGACAUACAGCCCCUCGACCAGCGAGGAGGGUAUCACGGCCGACCUGGUUCUGGGGCCCGAGGGCGCCGCGGGCUGCGACGCGGCCAACUACAGCGGCCUGGACGUGGCCGGCAAGAUCGUGCUCAUCGACCGCUUCCGCUGCCCGACCUCGGGCACGCUGGCGGGCCGCGUGCUGGCGGCGUCCAAGGCCGGCGCCGCCGCCGUCAUCGUUUACACCGACGUCGACACCAAGGUCACGGCCGGCUCGCUGGGCGCCCCGUCGAACGAUUUCAGGUCCGCCGGCCUCAUCAACCGCGUCGACGGCCUGGCGGCCAAGGCGCGCCUCGAGGCCGGCGAGAAGAUCUCGGUCUACUUCCAGCAGACGCAGCUGUUUGAGGAGCGCAAGACGCACAACAUCUUUGUCGAGACCGAGGACGGCGACCCCAACAACGUCAUCGUCCUGGGCGCCCACCACGACAGCGUGCAAGCCGGGCCCGGCAUCAACGACGACGCCUCGGGAUCCUCAAUUCUGAUUGAGCUGUUCCACGCACUCACCAAGUACAGGACCAAGAACAAGGUCCGUUUUGCUUGGUGGGCCGCCGAGGAGAAUGGACUUGUUGGGUCCAGUCACUAUUGCAACAGCCUCGAGGCGGCUGAGAUCAACAAGAUUCUGGCCUAUCUGAACUUCGACAUGCAAGCUCGCGGACGGAUCGGAGUGUCGGACAACGACGGCCGCACGUACGGCAGCGUCGCCCCCAAGGGGUCCGAGGUCAUCCAGCAGACCUACCUGGACCACUUCGCGGCGCAGGGCGUCGAGGUCACCCCCCGCGUCCUGACCAACGGCUCCGACUACGCCUCCUUCUGGCGGGUCCUGAACAAGCCCUUUGGCUUCCUGCAGACGGGCAUCCUGCCGACCGAGGACCCGUGCUACCACCAGGCGUGCGACAACAUCACCAACAUCCAGCCGGAGCUGCUGCUCCUCAACGCGCGCGCCGCCGCGCACCAGCUCACCGUCCUCUCGCUCAACGGCACCUCGCUCAUCCCCAAGACCCUGGUGGACGAGAGCAAGCUGGCCGAGAUGAGGAAGAGCACCCUGAUGCCCACCUUUAUGCAGCUGGAGGACCUCCAGGCCAUGGGCGAGACUCACAUGGGUUGUGGCCACGACAUCUGAAAAUUGGUGCAGGGCUGGCCGUAUGCGGCUAUAUAAAAUAAAUAAAUAUUGUAACGCAAACCGUACACAGUAAUGGCAAAGCUG